AGCUGCUGGUAAACAGACUGAUGAGAUGAUUGAAGGAGAAACCUGCUGGUGCUUGAUUAAAGGAACCAGAUUCACUUGAGCUCUGUAACAGUCAGUGUGAACCUUUUCUGCUCUGUAUCUUCAGGGUCUGGGUUUAUGGCACACAAACGGGUUGCAAGAUCCCCAGGAUCCCAGAGGAGAGCUCCGGACUGCUCAGAGAUCCUGAGCUCGGUGAUUCUGUGUCCUGAUGAAAACACUCGGAGCUUCUCACACGGGAUCUCCAGAGACCUCUCCAGCUCUCUACAGGAGCAGCUUCUAGAGAAGGACCUCCACAUCUCCAGACUGCAAGAUGCUCUGAGCUCUGAAAGAGAAAAGUGCGCGCGGCUCCAGGUCCGCUGUCACCAGCAGGGAGCGGAGCUCAGACGUCGAGAGCAGCACAUCCAGCGCAUGAGAGAGAGACUCACAGAUAGACACAGACCCCGCGGCGCCUCCAUGGAGAUGAUGAACGUUCUGCCGAAGCGGACCGGACGGAGAGAGCCUGGCUUCAAGAGCGCAAGGGCUGAUGGGAGGACGGAGGAAGCUCUGCGUCUGCUGUUGGACCGGAGGGAAGCCGAGCUCAGGGAAGCCAUGAAGCUGCGACACGGCCUCACCACACUACUGCACAUGCUCAGAAAUAACAUGGAACAGGCGAGAAACACAACCACGCUACAAGACGUCAGCAAUGCAGAACCAGAAGAGGAGACGGACGACGACGCUCUGGUCCAAUCGGAGCGGUGCCUCGGUGAUCAUGUGACCGGAGGUGUGGUCCAGGAGUGGACCCAAGUCCAGAAGAGACUCAGGGAGCUCGUGUCAAAGAGUGCUUGUGCUCGGGGAACUGACCAGGAGAAGCUGCUGGCUCGUCUGGAGGAGGAGCUGGAGCAGAGCAGACGGCUGAUCCGAGCGCAGCAGCACUUGCUGCAGGACAGUGUGAGCGCGCCCCUCCCCGCCGUGCUGGUGGACUGCUACUAUCUGGAGGAGUGGGAGCGGCUGCAGGGCCACUGGGAGGAGCUUAACAGGCAGAGGCGGAGCUUCCAGCAAGAGAGGCAGGCCUUCACUGAAGCUGCUAUCCGAUUGGGUCACGAGAGAUGUGAGUUUGAGCAGCAGAAGGCGUCCCGUUUGAAGGCAGACUUCUUCGGUCUUUCUCCUGUCAAGAAGACCUCUCAGUGGAACAGGAGAGAAAGCACAGCGCUCAGCGACCUACGUGCAGCUGUACCAGAGCAGCUCUCUCUGUCUCCCUGUACCACGCCGUCAUCUGAGGGGUCAGAGGUCACGCCGGGGUCCCGUCUGAACACGGUCAUGACCCCCAACACCCCUGAGCUGUACUCGGCUCUUAAACUUCCCUACUACAGGUCAGAGCGGAUGCUUCAGUCGCCUGAUGAGUGCAACCCGGACUGGCCCUUUUAGUUCACACGCUUCAGUACCAUGAGCUGGAAAUAAUGUUGUUGUUGUUUUUGUAUUUUCAAAGAUGCAUUUGAAAAAAUAAAAGUAUGCCAU